CAAUUUGUUUUUUAGAAGCAAAAUACAAGAAAAAUUUUUAUCAAAACAAUUUUUGUGUCUUUUAUACGUGUUUCAGUGUUAAAAAUAGCAUUAAAUGCAAACUAAGGACCAUUAAAAAUGGAAAAGAAACAAGGUAAAAAUAAUAAAAAGAAAGGAGGACCGCAGCAUCAAGGAUCUCAAGGAGGUCAAAAUGCAGGUCAACAACAACAACAACAGCAGCAGCAACAGGCGAGACCACAGACUUCUGGAGGAAAUCCACAGCAACAAGGCGGAGGUAGACCUCCAAAAGGCGCUUGGAAACAGAAAAAACAGGAACAGGGACAACAAAAUCCUCAACAGCAGGGUCAACAGUCGACUCAAGGACCAAAUCCUCAGCAGCAGCAACAUAAACAGGGGCCUCAGGGCGGUCAACAAGGUGGUGAUCGUCCCGCAAAAGGGGAUUGGAAGAAAAACAAGCCACAAGGAGGUCAUCCAGGCGGAUUUCAGGGGCAACAACACCAUCAGCCCCGUCAACAUCCCCAAUCUCAGCCCGUUCAACGAUCUUCUAGUGUCGCUUCCCAGCAAUCUAAUCCUCCUACAAGCCACAGAUCCGACAAUAAAAAACCCGAAGACAUGUUGGCCAAAAUGGAACGCCUCUCACUCGUCGAAGCAAACUUCCCCGUACGUGAAUCCGUCACAAAAACUUCCGACAAGAAGUUCCGAAAGCAAGUCGUUGCCACAAAUUAUCUAACAUUGAAUUUACAAAAACUUCCGAACAUCGUUUAUCACUACGACAUCAAAUUCGAUCCGGAUCGUCCGAAAAAAUUCCUCUUUCCCGCAUUCCGUAUUCUAAUUGCCACGCAAUUGCCUGCCUUGCAACACAAAGUGGCCUACGACGGUGCUGCAAGCUUCUAUUCCUUGCAAAAAAUUGCAGACAUGGAUUUCCCCGCGAUCAGUGUUCCGUCUCCCGAUGCCGGCGGACGUCCAAAGGACUUCAAGGUGUCCAUCAAAUUCGCCACUGAAGUCGAUAUGCGAGUCAUUAAGCAAUAUCCGAACUUUGGGAACGGUGCGAACAUGCAAACCGCGAUCCAGGUACUGGAUAUAAUUCUAAGAACGGCUCACGAUCGUCCCGGAUUGAUUCGGCACAAGCGUUCGGUGUUCGCGCCAGCAAGUACGCCACUCAAAAUGAAGGACAACUACGAACUCCUGAUCGGCUUGUACCAGAGCUUUGUAAUGGGCGAACGUCCUUACCUGAAUGUCGAUGUUUCGCACAAAGCUUUCCCGUCGGGAGCGGACGAUUUGUUCCCACUGAUGCGAGAAUAUCGAAAUUUCGCGGAUAUUUUGCGUGGAUUAAGUUUGACCUACAAAUCCCCGAUGACAGGUGAGUGUAAAACGUACAAGUUUAAUGCGAUUUGUGGUCCAGCGGAUCGAGAAACGUUCACGGAUGACAAAAAUCAACGCAAAACCGUUGCCCAAUAUUUCCAAGAGAAAGGUGUGCGUUUGAAAAAUCCGGGAGCGCCAUGCUUGCACAUUGGUCCGCGUCAAAAAAAUAUUUUGAUUCCCCUGGAAUUCCUCUCGAUUCCGCCCGGACAAGCGAUGAACGGAAAAGCACCCGAAAGUUGCACGCGAGACAUGGUUCGUGUUGCUGCCACAAGCACGAAUAUUCGCAAGAGCAAAAUCAUGGAUUUACUGCAAAACAUCAACUACAAAGGUGUCGAGACAAUUCGGCAAUUCGGAUUGGUCGUCGGCGAAGAUUUUAUCGACGUGAAUUCGCACAUUUUGAAUGCGCCAGAUUUGCAAUACCGCGAUCGUGUUGUGAAAAUUACGAAGCCAGGCGUUUGGGAUGGCGCACAAUUUUUGCAUCCCGAGGCUUGCACAAAAUGGGCGAUUUUCUGUGUUGACAAUCGCGUGAAUGAUCGCAAAAUAGACGAUUUCGGAAAUGGAAUUGUCAGUGCAGCGAGUAGAAUGGGCAUGAAUUUGGCCAGGUACGAUAAGACACUCAAUGAAAAGUCUCGUGGACGUUUGCGCACCGCCGAAUACGAUCAGUACAUCAACAAAUUCAAGCAAAACGGGAUCCAGUUGCUGUUUGUCAUCAUUUCGGGCUUUGCGCCCGAACAUUAUCCGGAAACGAAAAAAUCCGCGGAACUUCGUUGCGGCAUGCUCACACAAUGCAUCAAGACCAACACGAUCGAUCGCAUGAAUGCGAGCACCUUGAACAACAUCUUGCUCAAAGUAAAUGCCAAACUUGGUGGCUCGAACCAAAUUAUCGCCCCGCCCAGUCAAGUGUCCCUUAAUAAACGUCCCUUCAUGGUAAUUGGUGCCGAUGUCACGCAUCCGAGUCCCGAUCAGCAGAACAUCCCGUCUGUUGUCGGCGUUGCGGCAUCUUACGACAAACACGGCUUCCGCUACAACUGUCAAUGGCGAAUUCAGUCGCCGCGCGACGAAACAAUUCGCGAUUUGGAGGAAAUUGUCGUGCAACACCUGAAUGUCUUCAAGCAAGCGCACAAUAUGUUCCCCCUGCACAUCAUGUACUACCGCGAUGGCGUAAGCGAGGGACAAUUUGCGGAAAUUAAGGAAAUCGAGUUGUCGGCAAUUAAGAAGGCUUGUCAGCGUGUCAGUGACAAGGAAAUUCUGGUGACGGUGAUUGUCGUGCAAAAGAGACAUCAUACGAGAUUUUUCCCGAAAACUGUGAGCAAAUUUGACAAAAACAAUAAUGUCUUGCCGGGAACGGUUGUCGACUCGGAAAUUGUGGAUUCCAAUAAAAAGUGGCAAUUUUUCAUGGUGUCGCAUGCUUCGAUUCAGGGGGUAGCUAAACCGACGAAAUAUUGUGUGAUUCAUGACGAGGCGAAUAUCACAAAUGAGGAUCUGCAAGUUUUCACGUACAAUUUGUGUCAUUUGUUUACGCGAUGCAACCGGAGUGUUAGUUAUGUCGCACCAACGUAUUAUGCCCAUUUGGUUGCGGCACGAGGACGAGUUUACAUUUACAAUGAACGAAUCAACUUUAACGAUUUGCAGCAUGAGAACAGAAGCAGAACCAUUCGCCCUGAAGUCAUUGCCAACAAACCAAUGUUCUUUGUUUGAAUUCCCAGCAUUUUAUCCACAUUUUUAAUCAAAUAACAUUUUAUACU